CUGAACCUGAACGCCUCACUGACUGAACGGACUCGAUCGGCUUGUUUCGUCUUUUUUUUGUUGCUGAUUUUAAGCCUAAAAUCUGUCACAAUGUCGGUAAUGUGUGGAGGCUCAUCCGCGCCGAUGGAAGCGGACGACAAAAUCCACAAGAUCUGUGAGACCGUAAAGCCCCAUGCAGAGCAGAAAGCAGGGAAGACUUUCGACGUUUUCACAGCCAAGAGCUACACAAGGCAGGUUGUGGCCGGGACCAACUACUUCAUUAAGGUCCACGUGGGAGGAGACGAUCACGUUCACCUUCGUGUUUAUGAAAAACUCCCGUGUCAUGGAGGAGAUCUCGAGCUGAGUAAUAUGCAGCAGUCCAAGAGCCACCAAGACCCGAUUGAGUACUUCUAAUGGGAUCCCAAACCAAGCAAAGCUUCAGUGCCUACAGUCUGCCAUUCCAUUAUAGCCAGUUAUUAUCAGAUAAUCCUGACUCAUUAAAUAAAACAUUGUUCAUAUUUCUAACAUGUAAUAGCAUACUGUCUUCGUACUUUAGAUCAUGAUGUUUACAGUGUGUCACAUGGGAACUAUUUUGUACAAGAUGAAAUAAUAAAUGAAUCAGAUUUGUCGUGAUUCGACAUGUU